AAAUUGGAUAUCUGCAUUGUCGCCGUUAGUUCCCAUGGAAAAAAAGGGAGAAUACGCCAGUCCAAAAGGAUUCCUUUCGAUUGGCGACUAUGGAAUUGGAUCGGCAACGCAACAGCAACCUUCGAUGCUCCGCCUCGGUUCAAUCGAUCGGAGUUCAGUUGGCGUCGCGAUCACCGGCGACCUAACUCCGCCCAGCAGAUCGAAGCAAGGAAGAAGGGAAGGUUUUUGGGGAAAAGAUAAGAUUUUGUUGUUCUAGUUGAGGAGGAUCGAGAACUGAGAUCGGAGUCGCGGCUGAUGGGUGUUUGAGCUGGGGCUUCUGUUUGAUUUCAAUUCAUUUCCUCUGACUCCUGAGUCCUCACAGAAAGUAGGGGGAAACCCCCAGUUUUUUGUCGACGUUUGGAACCUCUGGUGGUGUAUUUGGGAUUAGUCGGAGCUGCAAAGUCUGGAGGAGGCUCCUUCAGCUAUCUGGAAGUCGAAUAGUUAUAAAUCGUCAGCGAUCUUGAGUUGGGCUUUGGAAUUCUUGCAAACAAGAAGCUCACUUGAUAGAAAGAGUUCAGAACCUAAGGCCUGAAGUGUGCACGAGAACAAAAUUUGAAGUAUGUGGAAGCUGACUAGAAAUGAAGAGGAGGAUUACUUCCCUUCAUCCCCAAGAAAGGACUGGUCAAUUGGGCUGAUGAAGUUUGUAUUGGUUCUAGGUAUUUUUAUGAUGGGGGUUGUUCUAGGAUUGUGCUUGAGCUCCACCUUUACCCACGACUUCAAUUCACGGACUGAGCUGUUCUUCCCAUCAACGAUGUACUCUACGAACUGUGAUAAGGACUGUUUAAGCAUUAAGAGCUUUCUUGGCCCAAAACACUUGAAGCAUAGCAUGACAGAUGACGAACUUUUCUGGCGGGCAUCAUUGGUUCCCCAAAUGGAGGAGUAUCCAUUUAACAGGGUGCCAAAGGUGGCUUUUUUGUUCUUGACAAGGGGGCCAUUGCCUUUUGUGCCACUUUGGGAAAGGUUCUUUAAGGGACACAAAGGGUUAUAUUCGAUUUACGUCCACACGUUUCCUGACUAUAAGCUCAAUGUCAAUGAGGAUUCUGCAUUUUAUGGCCGACUAAUCCCAAGCGAAGAGGUGUAUUGGGGAUCUAUUACAUUGGUUGACGCUGAGAAGCGUUUGUUAGCAAAUGCUUUACUGGAUUUUUCCAAUGAACGCUUUGUUCUUCUCUCCGAAAGCUGCAUACCGAUAUAUAAUUUCCCCACUGUCUAUGAGUACCUCAUAAACUCUGCCCAUAGUUUUGUUGACUCGUAUGAUGUGGAUACGCCACAAGGGCGUGGACGCUACAACCGACGCAUGGCUCCACAUAUACAGCUAUAUCAAUGGAGGAAAGGCUCUGAAUGGUUUGAGCUCAAGCGGGAGCUGGCAGUAAGCAUAGUUGCAGACAAUAAUUAUUACUACAUCUUUAGAAAAUACUGCAAGCCUUCAUGCUAUCCUGAUGAACACUACAUUCCAACAUACCUGAACAUGUUCCAUGGUGCUCUCAAUGCAAAUCGUAGCAUCACUUGGGUUGAUUGGUCAAGAGGUGGGCCUCAUCCAGCAAGCUACGGUGCUCCAAGUAUCACGGCGGGUUUCAUCAAAGCCCUUAGGAAUAAUGGGACCUUCUGUAUGUAUAACUCGAAGUCAUCUUCCAUUUGUUUUCUUUUUGCAAGAAAAUUUGCUCCUAGUGCCUUGGCACCUCUGAUGAACCUCACUUCCGAAGUCAUGGGCUUUUGAUAUGUCCUUUAUUGUCGGUGUCACUCCAUGAGAUUGAUUCCUGCCUGUUUUAUAUAGCAGAUAGAUGGCUUAUGUGUGAUUUACCCUGUUCUAACUUUGGUCUCGGAGAUGAGAAAUGAGAAGGAACAGCUGAGCAGAACUCUUCUAAUUUUUUGACGUUUUCACAGUAGUUUGUAUCAGGAACUCACUUUGACACCUUUUUAUAGCUAGUAAAGUUCCUUUUACUUUGUCCAUCUCACACUAGUUCUGCGAACAAGUUGGCCUUUAUCUCAUUUAUUGACUUCAAUGGUGCAACUUAGAAAAGUGAAGAACUUUGUAUCCAUUUCGACAUCUGCAUUUCAAAUAUCAGGAUCAUAUGCCUAUGGGAAUUUGAUCGACCAAAUGUUGUUACACUUUUGUCUAUUGUUAAUUCGAAUACAUUCAAGUUCCUAAUCACAAGGCUGUCUUUUUCGCUGACUGGAAAAUUAAGCGUAUUGAGGUGUCUGCCAAAAGAGGAGGCCAAAACAGUUUGCUAUUUUGUCAGAUAUUAAUGAAAAUUUUGUAAUAUUUCAGUUCUAUAGAAGCAUCUUAUAGUAAGUGCCAUUAGUUACUUCCAUUUUAUGUCACACUGAAUGGUAAAGUUUGACAAGGAAAGUGAUUAGAUUAAGUUCUUCCCUUAAUGUUCCAUUCUUGUCAGUUUGGCUCAAGCAAUGAUUGUAUUUUUCAAUUGAUCUGUAAUUAAUUCUCUGUUUUUUCUUCUCAAA